AUGCAAACCAUCUUGAUGGUGUUAUUGGCUGUGGUGGUAUUGAUUGCUACCUUUGUGGUGAGGCGAUUGUUUUCCCUCCAUAAAAUCCACUCGAAAAUUAAGCACAUUCCGGGGGUGAUGCAAGUAUUCGAACUUUCUCCGAUAAGAAUUCCCUUCUUGUCCACUCAUCUCUAUCUAACAAGUGAUGAGGAUUUGGAUAAGGCUUGUUUGUUGUAUGGAGAUGCAGAAACUCAAACUUUGAGUAUUGCUACUUCUACUACACCACUCGUUUUUAUUAGUGAUCCGAAAAUGUUGAAGGAAUAUUUCAUUACUAAGGGUCAUUUGUUUGAGAAACCAGGAUAUGAGGUGGUGAAUUUCUUUGGAGAGGAUAAUAUUUUGACAGCUACUAAUACUGAAAAAUGGAAGAAACAUUACAAGAUUUGUUCGGCAGCUUUCACACCAAAGAAUUUAAUGUAUGUGUGUAAGGUUGCUGACAAGUCUUGUGAUUUAUUGUUUGAAAUUUGGAAUGAGAGAUUGAAAGAGAAUGGAUCUAUGAUUUUGGAUGUAAAUGAAUAUUCGAAUCUUACAUUGGACGUUUUGGGAAAAGCUGCUUUUAACAUUGAUUUUGGUUUUUAUUCCAAUAAUGAAGAGGGUAGAUACUUUAGACAAAGUAUGGAGAAACUAAUUUCACCGCAAGCUGUUCUUUCUUUUGCUUUCUUUGGGAAUAUUCCUUUCUUAUUCAAGUUAGCAAACAGAGUGAUGGGUGUUCAAGCAGCCACUGAUCAUUGCAGCGAUUAUUUAGACAAGAUAAUUGAGCAGAGAAAGAAGCUAUUGUCUACUGGUGAAAUUUUGGAUACUGAUGAAGGAAGUGAUUUACUGACACUACUUGUUGGAGCUAAUGUAAAGGAAGAAACCAUUACAAAUAAUCAAUUGAAGAGUAAUACACUGUUGCUAUCAACGGCUGGACACGAAACAACUGCUAAAACAUUGUCUUGGGUUUCUUAUCGUUUAUCUAAACAUCCAGAAAUUCAAAGUAAAUUAUGGAAAGAAGUUGAUGAAGUAUUGCAAGGUAGAAAUCCAACCUAUGCCGAUCUUCCAUCUUUGCCAUAUGUCAAUGCGAUUAUCACUGAAUCUUUAAGAUUGAAUCCACCUGUAUAUCACUUGGGAAGAAUUGCCACUAAAAAUCUCACCCUUGGAAAGUAUGAUAUUCCAAAAGGAACUAUGGUUCAAGCUUUCAUGUCACGAGUUCAACAGAGAGAAGAUAUUUGGGAAAAUGCCAAAGAAUUCAUACCAGAAAGAUUCCUCGAUCCAAAAGUGAAAGACAGUUAUCAGCACAACUUUACGUAUGCUGCAUUUAGUUUGGGAAAUAGACAAUGUUUAGGAAAGCAUUUUGCCAUUUUGGAGGCUGCCACUAUUUUGUGUAAAUUAGCUCAAAAGUAUGAAUUCAAAUUGUUGAAUGAUGAGAGUGUUGAUCCAGUGGGUGUUUUCAAAUUGCCAGUUGCCAAACCAACAUCAAACAUGAAGGUUCAAGUCUCUUUGAGAAAGUAA